AUGAUUGACAGCCUCCAGAAUCCACUAGAUCCCAGUGAAGUAGCCCAACUGCUAGCUGCUCACAGAGAAGUGAUGUUUCUACAGUUUGAUGCAGCAAUCCGACAUCGACUACGGGAGACAUUUUUGUCCUCAGGGAAUGUUUCAGCCUACCAGAAUGUUACAGACAGGAUAUCCCAUGCACUGCCUCCACUUAGUAACUCUGUGAUUCAGAGUGCAUUUUCUUCACAGCUACGGCUCCCACAGUUCCUGGAUCCUCAAAGCUGCAGGCUGUGCCUGUGCAACCUGAGUGAUGCAGACCGAAGAGUUGCUCACGGGGAGUUGACUGCAAUGCAGUUUCUAAUGGAGGAUGUCUUGCAGAACUGCUACAGCUGUGCUGUGGAAGAUCACAAUGAUUGUCAAGCCUCAUUAGCUAAGAGCAAGCAGAACUUGGCAGAAAUGAUUGACACAAGUACUAACUGGUUGCAAAGCAGCAAAAAAAUGUGCAAACUUUUGCUGAGGCAUCAGGAUCCAGUCCUAUCAUGUAACUUACUGAGAUCUUUCCUGAUACUGUGGAAGCAACUGGAAAUGUUAAAGGCAGAAUGGGGCCGGCUGAAGCUGAGGACUGAGGAUAUAAAUACAGUUCCUCUCUACAAAGAGUUUUGUGAGCAAUAUGGCACAGACAUCUUGCACCCGGCCAUGAAAGCCAUAGCCAGACAAGUGGGCACAGAGGAGGACUUUGGAGGGCCUGUUACAAGCACUCAGCAUAUACUUCCCCCAAAAGGAGCAUCAGAAAUUGAAAUGAAAGUGUAUCAGCUUCAAAAGCUCCUGGAAAGCCUGGAAAUCCACAUGAUCCAUGAUGUGCAGAAGAAGAUUAAACUGGAGAUGACUCUGGUGACAUCUGAAAGAGCCAGACAAGAGAGCAGCCUCCCCACUGAGCUCUGGAAACAUAGGGUAAUGCAAGAAAAUUUCUCAGUUGUACGACCACAGAUAGUUGAAACGUUUGUUCAAAGCCUGAUGGAAAACUACCAAGAAUCAGAUACAGAGGUUACUUUUAAAAAAAGCCAUUUACAACAGUGUCUUACCAUACUGGGCUGUGACAUCAUGGCCAGAGAACGCAGCAACUUUGAGACCUACUCCAUGUUUUAUGAAAAUAUUCUCCAGCAGCUGCAUCAUCUACUUUACCAAAAAGAACAAGUAUGCUCAGAGCAUUGAUUCUACUCUUCAAGAACAGGGCAAAGAGGUUUCUCUGGGUGGGAGGUACUUGCUAAGUAAAAAUGAAAGCCAAGCUGUCAGGCUGGGAAUUUGCUGAGGUGGAGUUGGGCUACACGAGCACAGUCACUGUGCACCUUUGUGCUUUCCUUCAGGAGCUGCAUGCGGUGGAAGAAGGUGGCAACCAAGGCGAUAUGGCUCUGAUGCAGGUUGGUGGUGAUGGCCUGUCGACUGGUAGGGCUUAGCGGUCCCAUUUGGGACAAACACAUGGUGACAGUCUUUGAGAAGAAAGGUAAGGGGGCCCUGGGGCUGCUGUUCCUUUGCUCAGUGCCAGAAGGAAUUGUGAAAUAAAGAUAACAUGGAGGCAAAGGUAGUAGUAGCCUGCUGUUCUCUGGUUCAUGUUCAGAAUGGAUGAUAUACUGGUAAUCUUUUAACUUAACCUUCCACUGAUGGGCCUCUCUUCCUACACGAGGCAUUUUCCCAGAGCACUUCAGUCAUAUGCAUUGAGCAAGAUA